GCCAGAGCUAAUAGACAACAGAGUGGGUAGGAAGUUUCUAUUGCCCCAGCUAGGCGCCCGCAUGGUGUUUAGUGUUCCUAUGCCAGUGCAUGGUGGUCUUCUUCGUGAUCAUGGUGGAGUGUGGGAAGUGCGCAGCAGCCUGAUGAACAGAUCGUUGGAGAAACGCAGCCGCUAAGUCGGCCUCACCACCGCAGGAUGGCGUCCCAUCCGCUGGUGACACCAGAACAGGUGGCCUCAGCUGGGCGUGCCGCCGGGGUGUGCUACUACUGCGGGGCGCCGCUAGGGGCGGCGCACCACUCGUACUGCACCCUCGUCAAAGCGCUGCCACAGGCGCCCUACAGCGCUCCGACAGUGCCACCGCCGCACCACCAGUAUGACUCACAGGCUAGCACCCCGGGGUACGAACAGUACAACCAGCUGCCCGCGUCAGGGCACACUUUCUUUCAAAGCGCGGCACCAGCGGCAGGGAGCGCGGUAGACCACGCGCAAUGGCAGCCUUAUGACAGCCAAUGGUUUGACGCUGGGGCCACCCCUCCAGAUCAAGAUUGGCAUGAGGUGGCGCCUCCAUCCCCCCCACCCCCGCCUCCGGGCCCAGAAGAAGGGCCACCUCCUUUGCCCCCUGAAGACGGCCAUGCUCCACUGCCACCAGCUGAGCAGCCACCUCCCCCACCAGAGGAGCCAGCCGAGGGCAGCUGGGAAGCUGGCCACUCGUGGAAUGGGGCGCAGUCGGGGCAAAUAGAACCUCCUUGGGGUUUGCAGGCCGGGUCCUCCGGAAUGCAAGUCAUGUCAUUGUGGACACACGAACAAGGGCCCGCCCCGCCGGACCAGCAGGACGCGUUGUCAGGGAGGGUGCGCUGGGUGGAUGGACCUCACCCUCACGGUGGUAAUCCCCAGUGGGAAGGGCUGGCUUGGGGCCAUGCCGGGGGGGCUGCGGCAGCGGCCUCGAGCUCACCCCCUGACCACGAGCAGCCUCCCGACCACCUGUCUUCAGGCCAGAACCAACCGCUGAGCGCCCCCCAGGGUUCUUUUCAUCCCAGCAGUUCAGCUGGUCCAUUGGAGGGGCAGGUGUUUGCUCCUCCCCCCUGGCAGCGGCCGGCAGCCCAGCCGGACGGUGCGGGGCUGGCCAGUGGGGCAGCUUCAACAGCAGACGUCCAGCCCGCAGGCGGGGCAGGUCGAGGGUCGGGGAUGGAGAGCAUCCGCGACUAUUACGCAGCCCCCGGCCAGCCGCAAAUAGGCGCACACAUGCUGCUGAGCAUGCUGCAAGGGGGGCCGUAUUUGGGGGCUCCAGACCCACGACCAAUGAUGGCGCCGGCGAUGCCCCUCCCCUUCCCGCUCCACCACACGCCCCCCCUGGUGUCUGUCCCUGAGCAGCCGCGGCGAGUGGAUGCGCGCGACAUCUUCAAGCAGCCUGGGCGCAGUACCCGACCUGACCGCUUUGUCGUCAUCCUGAGGGGGCUCCCAGGCAGCGGCAAGAGCCACCUGGCGCGUGCGCUGCGCGACGUGGAGGUCAUGAACGGGGGCUCCGCGCCGCGCGUGCACACCAUGGACGACUACUUUGUCACGGAGGUGGAAAAGGAGGUGGAGGUGGAGGACGGGCGCGGCAGGAAGCGCAAGUCUGCGCAUACGGCCAUGGAGUACGUCUACGAGCCCGAGCUGGAGCAGGCGUACGCCGCGAGCAUGCUCAAGGCGUUCAGGAAGACGCUGGAGGAGGGGCGCUUCCACUUCGUCAUCGUGGACUACUGGAAUCUUGUCGUGUCUGAGUUUGAGCCCUACUGGAAGGCCGCCAAGAGCUCCGGCUUUGAAGUGUACGUGUUGCAGCCAGCAAAGCUCGACCCAGAGGCAUGUGCCAGGCGUAACAUCCACGGCUUCACUUUAGAAGCGGUCACGGACAUGGCCCGCCGCUGGGAGCCACUGCCGCCGCAGUACCUCCAGCUAGACGUGCAGUCGUUGUUCCGCGGCGACCUUCUUGAUACGGGCGACAUCGCGGAGGUGGACAUGGACGCCGACCCCGAUCCGGCCCCGCCAGCCGCGCCCGCAGCCGCAGCAGCCGGCAAGCGGCCCCUCUACGAGAGCGACGAAGAAGAUGCGGACACUCCCCACCACGCGCCCCCUUCCCGCCCGUCGGCGCGGCCUGACAAGGGAGCCUUCCGCGAGCGCGACACGAAGUGGCGGGCAACAGACAGCCCGUCCCGCAGGCAGCCGCCCCAGCCGGGGGCGACCUCAGGCACGGCGAGCAAGGGCGGGCCGCGGAAAGAGGUCAAGUGGGCCGACCUCGAGGGCGAGAAGGAGGCUGCCAAGGGUUUCCGCAUCGGCGUGGACCUGAGCAAGAAGCGGAAGCUUGAGAUCGGCCCGGGGGCGGGCUACACCCAGGACCAGACGGGCCCGCUCCAGCACAGUAGCGCGCACGAGCAUGCAGCAUGGGCGCGGAAAGUGAAGGCGCAGGUGCGGGACGAGGCGGAAGCGUUCAAGGCCGUUGUGGCACGGAGACGACAACGGAUCGGAGUUGAGGAGGACGACGACUGAAGACACGGCAGACUGGCAGGAGCAAAAUUGCCUGCACCGCUGACCAUCUUGUACUGCAAUUGUCUUCACGACAAUGCAUUGCUGAUCGCCCAUUGUGUACGUGCCCCUCCUUACAACGACUCUACUAAGGUGCGUCAUUUGUCACACGGUCGCGCGCCGUCUGAAGCACGCGACGGUCGAAGAGGGUCACACUAACGAGAUGCGGGACUUGGCAUGAAGCCUGCAGCGAUUUCGUUUGACGG